AUGUACUGGAAGAAUGCCUGGUGGGUGGGCACCGUCUAUUCUUCAUGUGAACCAAUUGAAUUACCUGAAGGUAUGCUAAUAUCAAAACAAUAUGAGACAUAUCCCAUCACAACUGUUUCCAAAGCCAUAUAUAAACAAAUGUGCUACCGAAAUUGUAUCCCAGUAUUGAACACAAAUGUGGGGUUUGUCAUAGAUACAUUUGCAAAACCACUACCCAUAGUUUCUCAGAGUUGGCGUGAAUUCACCAAGGAUUCAUUACGAGGGUCAUUUGCCUAUAGUGUUGUUUCUAUCAUAUAUGCUAUUGCAGUACUGGCAGUGAUCAUCUGGUUUUUAACAAUUUUUGUGUUAACAAACUAUACGAUCAAACCUUCGUGGUUAUUGAAAACAAGUACAAUACUUUCCACAGUGUACAUCCUCGUUGUGGUGAUAAAAUCAAUUCUAAUACUACACGGACAACAACGAGAUGGUUAUUUACAUGGAGCUAAGCUUCUUAGUGAACUCAACGACUAUAACCCGAUCCAAAUCAUAGAUUUAAUUGUGGUAUUGUUGCUACAAAUCAACCAAGUUCAAAUAAUAAUGCGAAUCUUUCAAAGACAGAAAGACAAACGAAUGGCUUUACUCAUUGGUAUAGUGGCGACAUUGGCAUCUCAAGUGAUCUGGGCAAUUGCACAAUUUUAUACACCAGCUGACGCUAAUGAAGCAAGUGAUAUAUUACCGGCUUUUAUAUACUUGGUUAGAAUAGCCAUGGCCUUAUGCUAUGCUGCUAUUAUAACGGUGUUUUUCAUUAGCAAAAUUCAAAUUAUCUUGGCAAACAAAAAAAUCUGGUUGUUAACUUUGCUAACGUUUAUUUUGAUAUACAGCCCAGUGGCAUUUUUUGUUGCCGAUGUUUCGAACGCAUUUGUUUAUGAAUUGUCAGAAAUCUUUUCGGUGGUGAACUAUGUUAUCGGCGUAGUGAUCCCAUGGGAAUGGUGCAACAAGUUUAACCUAAUAAUGAAGGCGAAAGAAAAAGAGGGUGUUUUGGGCCGCAGGUUUUAUGAAGACGAGUUGUACGAGCUAGAUAGAUUUGAGUUAUUUGUUGAAGAACAGAUGCCUGAAGAUGAAGACAAUGGGGACACCCAUAGUGAUUCUCCUGGCAAUGAACUAAAUGGCGGUGCACAUCAUAAUAGCCAAGAACAAAGCGACAGAUUGAUUGGAAGCAAUUCACCAACAAAUAAACCUCAUAACGGCAACAAUACUGAUCCUACCCUGAGAUUUAGGCAGCUUUUAACUAAUACAAAGGAUGCAUUUUUGACUUUAACUGACAAUAUUAUUGCUGCUGGAUUUGCAAUUCCAAGGUCAGUGAGUGUAUCUACACAGUCAUUAACAGGAAGAUACAGAAACAAUAGCACAGCUCGUACCGAAUACACUAAAGAAGUUGUUCCAGAUUUUAGCCCUGAAAUGUUUUUACAACCUGAAGGUAGUUCCCAUAUCACAGAGACUUUAUCAGAGCAGAACGCGGCACCUCUGACUACAAACAGCAACCACAGACGAAGAAAUGUUUAUGUAUACUCCAGAAAAGAAGUUAUAUUAGAUGUAUCUAGUGAUGAAUAA